AUGCGAGCCGCUUCUUUCUCGCUGCGAACUACAGACCGGCGACGUGGAACAGCGGGUGGGAGUUGCGGCGACAUUGAUUGUAUCUCCUUCUCGUCCAGCAUCGAAGGCCGCGACUUUGGUGGUCGUAGUUGCAGUGGAUUGACAGUGGCGUGGAACGGCAGUCGCAGUUGCGGCGGCGGAGGCGUGGUGGCAGCGCAGGUUCUUCGUCUCUCGCUCCUUCCUUCUCGACCAGCAGAUCGAGGGCGUGGUGGCCGACGAUGGCAGCACAACAGCAGGUUAUCUUCCUCUUCUUUUCUUCUCUCCCUUUCUCGACGAAGGCGGCAGUGGGGGCGGUGGCUGGAGUCGUCGAACGGGCGGCGGCAUACCUGGUUCCUUUGUCCGGCGUUCUCUGACAGUAGAGAUCGGACAGCGGUAGCGGGUUCCGGCGAUGGUGUUGGGCCGGAGCUGCGGCAGCCGACGAUGGUGUUGGAACACGGACGGACGACGUAGCAAAAAGCCCAUCUCAGUUUAGGUGUAUUUUUCGACUCUGGUGGACGGCACGGGAUAUAGAGAAGCUGACUACGACGAGAGUGCAUCAGCGAGGAGGAAUUGCAGCACGAAGCGAAGAGAUUCAAGGCUUCGUUGCAGCAGAAUUUCGAGCUUCAAUCGCAGCUGUCUCCUUAGGCUUGGAUUACUUUUCUUCGUAUCGUUUCCUUAUCUUAUUUUAUCAGUUAUUUGGUUAAAUUCCCAGAUUAGUAUUCUCAUUCUGAUGUGUCAAAAUUUCUUGAACAAUUUAUGCAUUUAAUUAUGAUUA